GAGCCCAUGGCGGGCAGCGAUGCAGAUGGCGAGGGUCUGGCGUGCAGACACGGUGCGUCGCGGCGGCCGGCCGCCUCCAGCGAGCGGGAAGGCGAGGCUGCCGCUGACCGCCCGGAGCCGCUGUCCACUGCUGAAGCUCCGGCCAAGGGCGCGGAGCUGCCCGCUUGGAUGCGUCUGUACUUCUACGGAAUGCACGGGACCACCCUGGACGUGCUUGUGUCCUCCGCGAGGCUCUUCGCUCGCAGCCCCGACUUACGAAUGCUGGGCUUCUCCUCGCCCUUCCGCUGCCUCUUGCACUUGCUCACCCACUUUGCUCUGGAGAAGGUGUACCUGCAACAGCGGCACUGCCCCAGCCCCUUCGUCUUCAAUUUUCUUCUCUACCCCUCCGCGCACGUGGUUCUGCAGACCCUAGCGGGCCAGGUGCUGCGGCUCGGCCUGGGCGGCGGGCUGGGGGGCGCGGCAGCGCCGGGGGCGCUGGACCUGGUGCUGCAGUACAUACUGGCGCUCUACCACUCGCAAGUGUUCCUGAAGCGCUUCCUGCGCUUGCGGUACCGACGGCAGCUGCAGCAGCAGCCACAGGGCGCGUCCCUCGCGCCUCCUCGCACCCGAGCCCCCGCGGCGGCUGGUGGUGGGCGGCGAAGAACCCGUGGCCUCACGGGCGCCGAAGGAGCCCCCAGCAAGGGGCUGCCGGACCUUCUCCGCUUUCUUUUUUACGGAAUGCACGGCUUUUUGGAUGAGAUUUUCUUCACCUUCUUCUUUAACGUGCUGGGGCAGAGGGACAGGGCAACCAGUGGCCACACGUCGCUCUGGUCAUUCUUUAUGUAUGGCAGCUGCAGUUUCAUGGUGGAAAAACUCUAUUUCCACCUUCACUACAGUCGAGGCUGGAGCACCUGGAAGCGGGUGCCCAUCUACGUCAUCUUCAUCUACGUGUGGGAGCUGUCCUGGGGUCUGGGACUCCGCGCUUGCGGCGCUUGUUCCUGGGACUAUUCCCACUACCCGCUCAACUUCAUGGGCCUCAUCACCCUGAUGUAUUUACCUGGUUGGAUAUUCCUUAGUGUAUACCAGGACCUACUUUCCAACGUGUUGUGGCGCGUGCAGUACAUACCAAUUGACUAAAAAAGAAACAAAACCAAAACUCUGGAUUCCCACCAACCAAUGUAAUUUAUUUUUACUCUUUUAAAACAGAGUGGGUUUUUUUUUAGCAUUUAAAUUUUUAUACGUUUUACUAAAUUCUUCCAACGUACGUAUUUCAUUAGAUAUUUUAGUUUUUCUCUUUGGAACCUAUACAUAAUAUACUGUGACAUAUUUCUGGAAACACAACUCAAAGUACUAACUCAUCAAUAUUUUAAAAACCUUACAAGCCCAAACAGCAGCAAAACCAUUCUAUCUUAACAUCGGCAAGUUGUGGGAUUCACUCAC